AGCCUCAAUCCACCUGCUGAGGCUUUGGGCGCGCGCACACACACGCAGGAAGUCGGAUGCUGCUGGAUCUCCGUCAGUCUGAACCUCCGGGAGAAAAAGUUCAUUUUGUGGGAUUUUGUGAAAAUUAUUGAGAUUUAAAUCGAAUUUCGGAAAUAAAUUCAGGAAUUAAUUCGAUAUGGAGCUCCGAGUUCCACUCUACACCUUCAUCUGCGGUUUUAUCUUCUCAGUAUCAGUGAGUGGGCUGCAGAUAUCAUCCUCAGGCCCAGCGUCUGUGGAGAAGGCGAGUGGUGAGACUGUGUCUCUGGACUGUGCCUUCACUCUCUCAGCGCAGGAUAGUGGACCUCUGGACAUCGAGUGGACCAUUCAACCCUCUGACAACCAGAAAGUGGAGCAAGUGGUGAUCCUGUACUCUGGGGACAGGGCAUAUGAAGAUUAUUACCCCCCUCUAAAGGGCAGAGUGCAUUUUAACUCCCCCGACCCAAAGAAUGGUGACGCCUCCAUUACACUCAUGGGUCUGGUUGCCUCUGACACCGGCACUUAUCAGUGUAAAGUCAAGAAAGUACCAGGCAUCGGAAGUAAGAAGGUCCUGCUCACUGUCAUGGUUCGUCCCUCAAAGCCACGAUGUUCUAUUGAAGGUCCUCCAUAUGAGGGGAAUGAAGUGGUUCUCAAGUGUAAGUCCACUGAUGGGACGAGUCCAAUUGAGUACACUUGGGAGAAAACCAGCGACACCAAACUGCUGCCUGCGAAUGCAAUACUGGAUGGCUCUGCAGGGACAGUGAAGAUCCGUAAUGCGACGAUGGCGAUGUCAGGGAGUUACCUCUGUACUGCAAAAAACCGAGUCGGGGAUGAACAGUGUGUGUUGGACCUCAGAAUCACAGCAUCCCCGAACACAGCCGGUGUGAUCGCCGGGUCAGUAAUCGGUGUGCUGUUGUUUCUACUCCUUUUGGCUCUGCUUUUGUUCUGCUGCUGUCGUGCUCGUCAGAAAAAGAAGUAUGAGAAGGAGAUUUCCUAUGAGAUCAGAGAGGAUGUUCCUGCCCCAAAGAGCCGUAUAUCCACUGCCCGCAGUUUCACCAGUGUGGGGAGUCAGCGCUCAUCUCUGGGCUCCAUGUCUCCCUCUAACCUGCACGAAUACACCAAGUCCCAGUACAACAAGAUUCCAUCUGACGAGUACGAGGCUCCACCCAGCCAUGUCCCGGAUCCUCCACACAGCAUCACGCCAGUCAUCCCCCCCAGCAGGGUCACCGGCCCCAACCUCAGCCGCAUGGGGGCAGUUCCGGUCAUGACGCCGGUGCAGAACCGUGACGGAUCUAUUGUGUAGCCGUGGAGUGGCUGCGCACAUCUGAGGCGAGAAGAACAUUGUGUGUUGCGUGAAGUGAGAUGUAGCUGAAGAACUUCUCCACACUUUAAUGAAAUUUGUGCGGUGCAGAUGAAACCUUCAAUUAUGAAAUGUCCUGAUCUUCAGCGGUGUGGCUUUAAUCCUUCAAUCAAUAAUUCAGUAGACUUUUUUACAAUUUAUCUAAAGUUAAAUACCAUCAGCCUCCUUUCUUUCUAGCGUGGAAUUCAUUCUGUAGUGAAUCUCUUAUGGUACCUUAUGAAGCUACUGGAACAUAAACCAGAGCAGGAACCAGGUGUGAUUAUAGAUUUCAGAAUGUUUCUGUAGGUGAUGUUUCUUUUGAUUAAUUCAGCAAAUUCAGGGCUUUACAUGCUGUUUUCUAUACACACAGUAUGAUUUGAAUAAAACUCUAGGUCUGUUGGGAUGUGUGUAUUUUCAGUUACUCCUGAUCCUGUGUAUCCUUAAAUAAAUAAAUGAAGAUUAUGAAGAUUCA